CAUGGUGGGCAGCUGCUCUCCCACCCUUCAUGUAGCUUCGCCUCUAGGAAGAAUUGACCAAUGUGACCAUAGAUUUGUGGUAGGUAACUUAACGUUCGAAACAACAAAGCCUUGAGUUCGAAUAUUGGUCAUCACUACCCUCCUCUGUUUCUUCCAAUAAUUAUUUGAUUUAACAUUAGAGGCAUUCUCAAAUGCCUUCUCUUUUUAAACAAAAAAAAAACUGUUGGUGUGGUGGAUGGAAUUUUAAAAAGUGUUUUUAUUCGUAUCUGAGUUUUAGGUUUGGUUUGAAUAAUAGGUUUCGAGAUCCUUCCUUUGGCUAUAGCAAACAACUUAUUUCGUGUCUCGUCUUGAGAUUACUUUUUAGGUUUGAUUUUUCUUCUUCUUCUUCUUCCAAAUAUGGUUUAUUUUCAUGUCAGCCAAUAAAUGGUUUAAAAUAGGCGAAGUAAAAACGCAAAAAGAGGAGGUUGGUGACUUGUACUCAACUGCUACAAAAUUCUCCUCUGUAUUUUUGACCCUCUCUAUACUAGACUAAACUCUACUUACUUGCACCACAAGUCUUGAAAUUGUCGAUAGACGCCUAAAUAGAUGUAUGUAACUAUAUAAAAUGAUUUAUACUAGUAUCUUCUUGUGAUCUCUAAAAAUGGCGUUGUCACACAUGAUAGACCUCCGGAUAUCGGUUACCCUUGUUGUUGUUUUCUUCCUUUUAACUACAUUUCCAGGUAUCGCUUACGGUGACGAAGACGAUUCAGAAGGAGGUGUAGGUGGAGGUGGCGGGCCAGGGUUUGGCGGUGGUGGCACAGGUGUGGGAGGCGGAGGGAUAGGCGGUGGCGGGCCAGGAUUUGGCGGUGGUGGAACAGGUGUGGGAGGUGGAGGGAUAGGCGGUGGUGGCACCGGUGUGGGAGGUGGUGGUACUGGAUUUAGCGGUGGAGGGACGGGUUUAGGUGGAGGAGGAUUGGGUGGCAGUAGCGGUGGAGGGACAGGUUUUGGAGGAGGAGGACUAGGCGGCGGCGGAGGGACAGGUUUUGGAGGAGGACUAGGUGGCGGCGGUUUAGGUGGGAACGAUCCACCGGAGAUAGUUGCGAAAGCUUUGGAGUGCUUAAAUGAGAAACACAUCUACAGAGAAUGCGAGGAUGCAUGGAGGCUAACUUUAAACGGAGACCUGAACAUUCCGGUGGCGAGGGCGGAGGAGUUCUGCGAGGGACCAUGCUUCUCCGAAACACAUUUGGCUUUGAAUUGCAUUGAUGAUAUUGUUCACCACUUCAGAUUCUUCAACAGAGCCACCGUUUACAACAUCCGUGAAACACUCAAGUCCGGCUGCAGCUACGGACCUGAACGAGGCAUUUUCAACGUUCUAGAGCACAUCGAAGAUGAAGAAGAAAAUGGAAAUGAGAGAAUGAAGGCAAGGUCUGGACCGUUGCUUGGGACUGUGUUGUUCAUCAUUGCCUUGCUUCUUUAAGAGCUGUCUUAAUGUUUAAUCUUUAGCUAUUAUCUUAUAGAUGUUGCUUAUUUGACAAUUACAAUAUAUAUAAAUCGAUCUCUUUGUAUCUACGGAGAGACUAUCUAAUCGAGGAGUACUUUUAUAUAUAGUUUCUUCUUUCUUGUUUAAGAAAAACAAAAUUUGUGUUGUUUGUAUAAAAAAUAUUUCACGAAAAGCCAGUUUAGUGUUGUGA